AGCUGCUGCCAUGGACCCAGCACUCAGCACACACCCACAUUCAGAGGAACGUCCACUAUGACCUCUACCAGAAGAAAGAUUACAUGCAGAAUUGCAUUAGGGCAGAUGGGAGGAGCUACCGGGGCAUACGGUCCACGACGGAGAAGGGAAAGAACUGCCAGCAGUGGAGGCUGAAGUUUCCCCAUGAUCACAGGUUUUCUCCCUCUCUGCGGAACGGCCUUGAGGAGAACUACUGCCGGAACCCAGACAGAGAUGAGCGGGGUCCCUGGUGCUACACCAUGGACCCAGCCGUCCGGCACCAGAGCUGUGGUAUCAAGAAGUGUGAAGAUGCCGUGUGCGUGUUGUGCAACGGGGAAGAUUACCGGGGCCUGGUGGACCACACGGAGUCCGGGCGGGAGUGCCAGCGCUGGGACCUGCAGCAUCCCCACAAGCACCCAUACCAUCCCCACAAAUACCCUGAGAAGGAUCUGGAUGACAAUUACUGCCGCAACCCUGACAACUCCAUGGGCCCCUGGUGCUACACCACAGAUCCUGCCCGGGAGCGGGAGUACUGCCACCUCCGCAAAUGCAAAGCAGAGAAACGCCCACGCCUCGCAGACACCACCACCAGCUGCUUCAAGCACAAAGGCGAAGGCUACCGGGGCAAGGUGAACGUCACCACAUCAGGAAUCCCCUGCCAGCGCUGGGACGCCCAGACCCCCCACCGGCACCAUUUCCGGCCUGAGGCAUACGAGUGCAAGGACCUGCGGGAGAAUUACUGCCGGAACCCUGAUGGCUCAGAGGCCCCCUGGUGCUUCACCAGUCUGCCCAGCAUGCGCGUCGCCUUCUGCUUCCAGAUCAAACGCUGCACUGACGAGGUGGAGGUGGAGGACUGUUACCAUGGAAAUGGUGAGCUGUACAGGGGCAAGAUCAGCAAGACCCGGAAGGGCAUCACUUGCCAGAAGUGGUCAGCAGUAUCGCCCCACACACCCCAGAUCUCUCCUGCCAUGUUCCCCGCCAUGCACCUCGAGGAGAAUUAUUGCCGCAACCCUGACAACGACAGCCACGGGCCCUGGUGCUACACCAUGGACCCCAGCACCCAGUUUGAUUACUGCGCCAUCAAGUCCUGUGGUGACAAGACGCCAUCCAUCCUGGAGACUGCAGAUAACGUGGUCUUUGCCGAGUGCGGCAAGAGGGACGAGCGCCUCCAGCUGAAGGGCCGUAUCGUCGGGGGUCGCCCCGGGAACUCACCCUGGACUGUCAGCAUCCGCAACCGGAAAGGAGUGCAUUUCUGCGGAGGAUCCCUGGUGAAGGAGCAAUGGGUCAUCAGCACGCGCCAGUGCUUCUCCUCCUGUGACACUGACCUGUCUAGCUACGAGGUCCAACUCGGGACCCUCUUCAAGGACCCCAGCCCCAGCGACCCCGACAAACAGGCCCUCCCCAUCCUGAAACUUGUCUGCGGGCCCUCCACGUCUGACCUGGUCCUGCUGAAACUGGCCAGGCCAGCGACUCUGAACGAUCGGGUGGCUCUGAUCUGCCUCCCACCAGAGCGGUACAUCGUGCCCGAGAACACAGAGUGCGAGAUCGCUGGAUGGGGUGAAACCGGAGGUACCGGCAACAAGACUCUGCUCAACGUAGCCAAGCUGCCCGUGUUGAGCAACAAGGAGUGCAACAGGGCGCUCCGAGGCCAGGUGAAGGAGAGUGAGCUGUGUACUGCGCCCCUGCGAGCCGGGGUGGGGGCCUGUGAGGGUGACUAUGGGGGGCCGCUGGCCUGCCUGACCCAUGACUGCUGGGUGCUGGAGGGUGUCAUCACCCCUAUCCGUGUGUGCGCCCGCAAGGACCAGCCAGCUGUCUUCACUCGUGUCUCUCUCUACGUCGAUUGGAUCAACAAAGUGAUGAGGAUGCUCUGAGCUGGUGGGGGCCCAGCUCAGGGCCCAGAUGGGCAGGGACGGCCCCCAGGGAGCUAAGCACUGCUUUCCCCUCCGCCUGGUGAUGGCCGUGGGCUCUGAGAUGUACAUUCACCCAUGCCAAACUGUGCCAAGCCCUCACAGCGUCCCCGGGCAGGGCUCUGAGUCCAGACUGUCUGUCCCAUGUGCUGAGACCAAGCCAGCCAGCCCGUCCCUGGGCUGUGGGCACCGGCAUUGGGUGAUUGCAAUAAACAUG